CUCUCUCUCUCUCUCUCUCUCUCGAUUAAGGAUGCUAAGCUCAAUCAGAUCCACUUGCAUCUCCAUGUCAAGAGCCGUGGUCAGUCCAAGCUUUCAGUUUAGCAGUUUCUCUUCGCAGACUCCAAGAUUACAAGGCAAAGUUGCACUCAUCACCGGAGCAGCAAGCGGCAUCGGCAAAGAAACCGCAACGAAAUUCAUCAACCAUGGCGCCAAGGUAGUGAUCGCCGACAUCCACCACAACCUCGGCCACAACACCGCCACACAACUCGGUCCCAACGCCUCAUUCAUCUCCUGCAACGUCACCAACGAGUCCGACGUCGCUAAUGCAGUCGAUUUCACUGUUUCCAAAUACGGUCAACUUGACAUCAUGUACAACAACGCCGGAAUACCAUGCCGGACUCCACCUACCAUACUCGACCUCGACCUCGAGACGUUUGACCAGGUCAUGUCGGUCAACGUCCGCGGCGUUCUCGCCGGAAUCAAGCAUGCGUCACGGGUAAUGAUUCCCCGUGAAACCGGAUCCAUUCUCUGCACUGCUAGUGUGACCGGAGUAUUAGGAGGAUUGUCCCAACAUACGUAUUCCAUAUCGAAAUUUACUGUUGUCGGAAUUGUGAAAUCGUUGGCGUCGGAGCUGUCACAGCAUGGUGUUCGGAUUAACUGUAUAUCGCCUUUUGCGAUUCCGACGACUUUAGUGAGAGAUGAACUGGCACGAUAUUUUCCGGAUCUGGAAGAAGAAGAAAUCACGAGUAUGGUGCAGAACGCCGGGGAAUUCAAGGGAAGUUACUGUGAGCCCGGAGAUGUGGUGGAUGCUGCUGUUUAUCUUGCUUCCGAUGAGGCUAAAUAUGUCAACGGCCACAACCUGGUGGUCGAUGGUGGUUUUACAUCCGUUAAAAACUUCAAAUUUACUGUCCCACAUAAACAGCAAUGA